ACGGUUUUAUUGUGAAGGCAGGAAGUGGUCAUGACUUGGAACGUUAUCGCAGCUUUUGCAGAACACUCUGGAAUCUUCAAGAUGAAGGCAGAAAAUAGUCGAAAGUGACGUCAUUUAUACAUCCGCCCUCACCUUCCAGAUUCCUGGAGUCGAUUGCCGAUGUUUUAUUUCAAUGGCGCCCACUGAACUGAACUCGAGUUAGCAUCGUAUUAUCACUGCAUGGUCCACGCGCGUGUGACGUGCGCGCCAGCUGUCAGGCACCGACGUCGCACUCUCGCAGAGUCUCGCGAGAGGAGCACGGGACGGGCUCAUCGUCGCAAUCUUCUUGUUUAGCAACAAUAACAAGCGCCCGAGGACUCGAUUGUGCAGCUAUGUUCACCGGACCCGAGUUGUCCUCCGGUUCGGGCCCCGUCCCACACACGGAGGCCGACGCGGGGCUAUGAUUUACAGGAUGUGGCGACGCGCCUCUGGAUGGUUGACCCACGUGACCGACAGGAAGGCCUCACACGUCUGACGGCGCCGUGGCUGCCCGGCCUCCGGAAGCUGUCAGGUGUAGCCCAGCUCCCAUGAUGCAUUGUGUUGCCAAGGCAGGUUGUUAGACGGCGCCGGCGCUCGCCCUCGCCCUCGCACGCUUCUUGUGUUCCGACUGAUCUGAUUGGCCGUCCUCGACGAGAGGAUGAACGGCUCUCUUUUGACCCCUCCCAGCCCGCGGGCCGCAAGUUCCUCUCCCUUACCCCCUUCCCCCUCCCCGUCGCCCUCCCCGCCGUCGCCCUCGCUGCUGCCCCUGUCCCCCCGACCACCGCCCCUCCCACCUCUGGUGAGCCCUCCCCCCCAGGCUCACCCGUCUUCGCUGUCGGACACGCCCACGCCGUCGCCCUCGCCCUGCCUCAGCUGGACUGAAUUCUGCGAGCUUCAUGCCCGGGUGGCCGCCGGAGACUUUGCACGCCACUUCCGGGCUUUCCUCCUGGAGAACCCGCACUACACCUCCGACUCGGCCGCCGCGUUCUGCCGCCGCUUUACGGACCGCUUCGUUCGUCACUUCCAGAGCGAGCUGGAGGGGGCGCUGCCGCCCAGCUGUGCCUCAGGGAGGGACGACAUGGUGGGCUGGGCUCCCCAGUCGGAUGCCACAUCCCUGGAGGAGGAAGUGGCGUCCCCGGUGUCGGCCACCGGGGGAGCUGUCCCAUCAUCAAACGUGACGCGGCCCGCCUCCAAAGAGGCCCCAACACGCCUCGUGCUGGACGGGCGCAGCGGCGACAGAUUUCAAGAUUCCUACGCCCACGGCCAGCUCCUGCCGCCAUCUUCGUCGUCGUCCUGCUGCUCCUCGGUGGGCGGGAACAACGGGAGGCGGGAUGACAAAGCUGCUACCGUGGCCGCCGGCAACGGGGACGCGCCGGUGGAGGAAGAGGAGGACGGCUGGUUGGGGGCGCCGUCCGUGGGGGAGGACGUGGAGCCGGAAGAGCGGGAGACCACAGAGGCGGACCGCUCCCCCUGCGCUCCUCUCACGCCCCCCUCCUCUUCCUCCGUCACGCCCCCGCCCAGCGGCGCGGCCAAGAACAAGGUGAAGAAGCGCUUCUCGCUGCGCAGCGUCGGGCGCAGCGUACGCGGGAGCGUGCGUGGCAUUCUGCACUGGCGCAGCGCAUCCAGCGACUCCACGGCGAGCCCGCUGCCCGCCAGCUACAGCUACACCGUGGGCGUGCAAGACGCCGCCUUUGCCAGGAACGCCGCCACCCAGCCUCCCACGCCCACCUCGUCCAUGCCCGUGUCUCUCUCUAUGCCCCUGGCCCUCCCCCACUCCUCCUCCUCCUCCCUGGCCCCCUCGUCCUCCAGCAGCGCCACCUCUCUGUCGCUCUCCGACCGCCGGCGGAGCAACGGCGAGGGCGGCGAGAAGGACAAGUGGAGCCAGCGCCUGGAAAAGCUGCGGCUAACGCGAUCCCCGCCUCCCGUCCUUACCGCGAGCACCGCCUCCUCCGUGCUGCCUCCCAGCAGCGCCGCCACAGCCGGCUUGGCGCCGGCGAGGAAGGUGGGCCGACUGGUGCGGGAAGGCGGCGUGAGUGUCAGUUCAACCCACGACGAGCUCAGCGGAGGUCACGGCUUUCCGGGCUUCUCCUUCGCUCUCCUGCAUCACGGCCCCGACAACAGCGCCGCCUCGCCAGCGCCGGCACCGCCCCUGGUGAGCGGCGGGAACACGCCCUGGAAGGGCGGGCGCUGGCAUAAGUGUCGUCUGGUCCUCAGAGAGCGGGAAAGAGAAGGCGGCGAGCACGGAGACGACUUCUAUUUGGAAUUCUUCAUUCCGCCCAAGUCGUCCAAGCCGCGGCUGACGGUUCCGUGCGGGUCCGUGGUGGACGUGAGGAGCACCACGCCGCAGGAGCUUCCCGACAAGGAGAACACCUUUCUGCUCCAGUUGGAAGGCUCCGCCCAGUACGUGAUCGAGACCCGAGACGCGGGCCAGAUGAGAGCGUGGCUGACUGACAUCCACAAAGGCGUCUGUCUCAGUGGGCAGGAGGAUCCUGAUGGUGGCGCCGCGUUGGACGGGAGCGGAAUGCCAGAGAUGGCGGAGCGUCUGUCCCAAGUCUGUUAUGGCGGCCUGGGAGGCUCCUCCCCCCUGAUGGACAGCCUGCCGCCCGAGUUGCCACCCCGAGCCCCUCUGGAUGAACCCGACGGACGCAUUCUUGGCGGCGGCGCUGCCAGCCUGGGCACACCGUUUGCAGAGACGCCAGACGCCACAGGCUCCUUCCUCUUCUCCGAGGUGACGUCUGCCGAGGUGCUGGAGCACCCGCUCAGCGAGUGUCAGUGGUUCCACGGCACCUUGUCCCGCCUGAAAGCGGCCCAGUUGGUCUUGGCGGGGGGUCCGGCCAGCCACGGCGUCUUCCUGGUUCGCCAGAGUGAGACGCGGCGCGGGGAAUACGUCCUCACCUUCAACUUCCAAGGAAAGGCCAAGCACCUGCGUCUGUCGCUGAACGAGAACGGCCACUGCCGCGUGCAGCACCUUUGGUUCCAGUCCAUCUUCGACAUGUUGGAGCACUUCCGGGUGCACCCCAUCCCGCUGGAGUCGGGCGGCGCCUCCGACGUGACGCUCAUGAGCUUCGUGGGCGCCACCGUCGUUCGCCAGCCGGACUUGACCAGCAGACCCCGUAGCCCUCCUCAGCCGCCCCCCCUGCCGCGGGGACGCCCGCCACCCCCAACACCACCCACGGAGAGAGGAAGAGAGGCGGAGCUGGAGGGGGCGGCGGCAGGAGGAGGAGGAGGAGGAGGAGGAAGUGGAGGGGCAGCGGCGGUGGAGGACUGGGAGGAUCGGGAUGCUCCCCUCCACCAACUGGAAGCUGUGGAAGGAGAAGAGCUGGAGGCCGUGAGGGCGCCCCGAGCCGUGGAUAACCAGUACUCCUUCUUUUGAGCAGCGGGUGGCGCUACUAACACGACAGGAGACAAGAUGGCCGCCCAGAGACACUGACUCCACACUAACAAGCACCACCAGUCCACCAGCUUAGAUCUCAUACCUCGCUGGAGUCCACAGAGCCCGACCAGGACCCGCCCCCUCCUUCUGAGUCUGCUGUGAUGUCACAUGGCACACCAAGGGGGCGCCGUACCUCCGCGGCGCUCGGCGACUCCACAUGAAGAAGAAUAGUAUUGGUUUUGUUUCUUCACUCUCAUGUCUUCGUGCCUUUUUGUUCGGGGAUCCAAAUUGGAAAUCUGCGCUUGGCCCCUCCCAUCUUUCUCCUCGCCAUCCAUUCGGCAAAAAAGAACCCUUUAGCAGGAAAAGGUUUUCUACUCGUGCCUUUCUGUGUCAUCUCCGCUCCGUUCAACGCUUUCCUUUUGCUCAUCAUGUUGUUGUCACUUUGACCACUCUUUGUGCCUUUCUCUGUCUCUACUCUGUGCUGGGCGGAUGUCGCCCCCUGUGGUUAGUUUCAGGUACUACGUCGAUUCUAAUAUAAAUAGAGUGAAUCCUUACAA